AUGAAUAUAACACAGUAUGCAGUGAGAGCACAGAAACCGCUCCAACAGCAGCUCCUCCAGAGGGUCCAGUCACAGGAGGAGGAGCCGGAGCACAGAUGGGGCGGAGCCGAAGCACAGACAGGAGGCGGAGCCGAAGCACAGACAGGAGGUGGAGCCGGAGCACUGAUGGGGCGGAGCCGGAGCACAGACGGGGGCGGAGCCACAGGUCCCACAGGUCUCAAUCCCGCAGCUGCAAUAGAAGGUCUCGCUCCCGUCUCCAAAGGUGGCAGCAGAGAUCGAGAUCGUGCUCAGCGCCGAACCCGAGACAGAGACCGGACACGGGACAGAACCAAAGACAAAGAGACGGACAAAGCCAAAGAUAAGGAAAAACAAAGGAAAACAGGGAACAUCAAAGCUGGAUUAGAACAUCUGGUAAGUGCUUCACAGGCCAAAGCUCGACUCCAGCUGGUGCUUCAGGCUGCAGCUAAAACCGAUGAAGCACUGAAAGCAAAGGAGAGUACGAGAGAGGAAAAGACAAAGGAGGAGGAGGAAAUGUCUCUCGCCGAGCAGGUGAAGAGGAUAAAGGAUAUCGAGGUCAUUGAGAGCGACUCCUUUGUUCCUCAGGCUUUCAAAUCAUCUCGGGAUGCCACCAAGGUGACUGAAGCUUCAGAGAUCAAGAACGAGGCAGAGACUAUAAAAGAGGAAGUCACCCUUUUGCCCAGCUCCAUCAUGUACACUGACAGCAACACCCUGGCUCACCCUAACCUCUUCGUGGAUAAAGAGGAGGCAGAGAGCGUGUGGCUGAACAGACUGAUCUCUCUGCGUCAGGAGAGGCUCAUGUGGAGUCCAGUGUCCUGACCAGAUCCAGCUUCCUCAG